AUGGACCCUCGCGAAGCUACUGACUAUGGGCAACAAAAAACUGAGGUUCUGUCCCGGUACCAGCUGACCCCCCAUGAUUCAGCCGUAAAGUUCCAUCAAUGGACCUAUAUGGCAGACCAACCCGUGCGGGCCCAGAUCUUCGUGCUUAUACGACUCACGAAGCAGUGGCUGGAACCCGGAAAGGGAGUAGGACAUGUUGUAGAGACUCUCGUCGUGGACAAGAUUUUGAGGGAAUUACCCAUGGACUUAAAAAGGGUUGUGGGGCAAACUAACCACUUGUCAGCAGACAACAUAGCCCAGGCUGUGGAAAUGUACCGAUCUACAUGGGAGUUGUUAAAAGGGGGCAAGGAGGACCGGAAGGACACUACCAAGACCGUUCCCCGAAACAACCCUGGCACGUCCACCAGCGAAACGACCGAACCCUCUCCGGACGGGGGAGAAGUCAUCACCCAUACAACAGGGUCGGUGCUAUAA